GUCCGCGCUUUUGCCUUUUCUACUCUUUUUAGUUCUUACUAGACCUUCUUUCUCUCUCUACCUGCCCUUUCUCUCUCUCUUAGCUGUUCCACAAAAGGGUAUUUGUUCGUCUAUUCCAUGAACAAGCCCGAGCGCAAUCUUCUGCAUUUCAUUUGAAGAAAAUUCGUGUAAGAUUGAUCAAUUUCUAAAUCUUUUUUUUUUUUUCCUUCUCUCUCUAGGUUUCGGUGAAUUAAUUUCCCUGCGCUUUGAUAGAAAUCUGCAUUCAGCGAUUCAUACACGGUUCUUUGAUGACCAUAGACUGUAAACCCUAUCUUUUGACUGUCUGUAAAGAAGUUUUACACAGGAAACCACAAAUGACAAAGACUGCCAUUUUGUCUGCAAGCUUCUGCUAUCUCAAUAAUGGUGGGCUGGAAACUUAGGGAGAGAAAUUCCUGGUUUAGGUUUUGUUGAUUGGGGCAAAGAGGUGGGUUUUCGCAGCUAAAUAUUUCCAUAUUUUUCUGAAGCUUGUGUUAAUUUACCACUGAAACUGGCCGUUUAAUGUUGAAUUUGGGGCUUCUUUUGGCUGGGAAUUCUAUUUUGGGAAGUUUCAGGCAUUGGAUUAUGGCAUUUGUUGUUCUAGGUUUUCUCUCACAUGGUUAAUUUCCAGAAGGUGAUACGGAGUGUAAAUGGUUUGACGACAUUCAAUGUUUUCAAGCUCUGUUUAAGUUUCAGACUGUGAAAUUGUUGACAAAAUGUUGCAGAAUUUGUAGAUUGAAGAUGAAAUUUGGCAUUUAGAGUUUUAUCCUCAAUAUAAGCCGCCAAAAUAGACCAGUUUUGUUGUUUGAGAUAUCACAAGACUAGGAAUUGUAUCAAAAUUGGCUUUUUAAUCUUUGAGUUUUUCAGAAUAGGGAUCAAAUUGAAAGAUAAUGUGUAUACUCUGUGUUGUUCGAAAGUGGGCUCGUAGAGCUGCCACUAUCUUACCGUGGUUGGUGAUACCUCUCUUUGUUCUAUGGGCUCUCUCUCAACUCUUUCCUCCUGGUUUUAGACUUGAAGCUACCUCACCCCAGGUUACCUGUUUUUCUGUCCUUCUUAUCUCCCUAUUUUGGUACGAAAUCUUAAUGCCUAAGCUCUUGACUUGGAGAGCCCGUAGGAAUGCUUUUCUUAGAGAGAGAAAGAGAAUUGAAGCAAUUGAAAUGCAAAAGCUUCGGAAAACUGCAAUAAGAAGGUGUAGGAAUUGCUUAACUGCUUAUAGAGAGCAAAACCCAGUCGGUGGAAAAUACAUGUGUUCGUAUUGUGGCCAUAUAUCUCGUAGGCCUGUGCUUGAUAUACCAGGAGGUGGGAUUUCAGGAGGUCGAGGCUUGGAGGGGAUGGUUGGUUCAGGGAUUAUCAGUGAUUUAGUGGGGAAAACUGGUAAAAUUUGGAGUGAGAAGGUUGGGCUUGAAAGGCCUAGAUGGGGUUGUGGAAAUGGUUGGGAUUGUUCAGAAAAUGAUGGUUGGAUCUUGGGAAGAAAUGGUGGGUCUUUUUUGGCCAGUGAAGAACCAUGUUUAGCUGAAAAUUCUUACUGUGGUUUUGUUAUUUUUGUUUGUAGAUUAUUGGGUUUUUUCUCUCUCAUCUUAAAAUGGCUUUGGAGGAAGGUUUUGAGGAUGGGUUCAGUGGGUGAAGAGGUUUCCAUGGAUGGGGAGCGAAGGUCACAGUAUAGGAAGGGUGAGACAGGACCGAACAUUCAGGAGAGCAAGGGGGAAAAGGCGAAAAGAAAAGCUGAAGAGAAGAGAUUGGCUAGGUUAGGGAAAGAAAUGCUAGAGGAAGAAGAAAGGAAACAGAGAGAGGAGGUUGCAAGGCUUGUUGAGGAACAGAGGCGGUUGAGGGAUGAUCAAUUAGAGGCAAUAAAGGCAAGGGAGCGGGCGUCAGCCAUGGAGAGGGAAAGAGAGGUUAGGAGAGAGAGAGAGGCAGAAAAGAGGCGACUGGCAAAAACAAAGGACAAAGACAAGGACAAGGGCUCAUUCAACUCAGAUGGGGAGGAUAUUGAGAAGAGGGCCAUCAAAGAAAGCGAGAAAAAGUGUGAGUAUGAUAAAAAGAGUGACAUUGAAAGGAGAGAUGUAACAAAAUCAACAGAAAACCCUAGACCUCAUGGUUCAGAAAUGGGUCAUGGAUCGAAAGGCUUUACAGGCAAUGCUAGCAAAGUUGGUGGUUCUCAAUAUCUUGACAGAGUGAAAGGUUCCUUUCUUGCUCCCUCAAGAGCUUCAAGUGGUAGUACUGUUACAUCAUUCUUUAAAAAGGGCUUCGAGACCUCUACUGGUUCUUCUACAAAAGUGAGUAAACAUGUAGGAUCCUUGGAAUACAUGCAGAAUACUGCUAUUAAUGGUUCUCCACCUUUACAUUCAAAGAAACCCUCCUCUUCUGCUUGGAAUGGGAUGGCUUGGACAAAAGUUUGGGGCAAAGGAAUGGGGUUUGGAAGUGAUGCUCAUCCUAAAGAACGAAAAAUUUCUAGCUCUGCUUCUGGAGAUGCUCUCUUUUGUGGGCAGAGAAUGGGGAACUCUAUUUCUGAUGGGGAUUACAAGAAUGCUGAGACCGUAAGAUUACCUGUGAAAUCAGAGCCACAAGAAGGUUCAUCGACACCCACCCAAACAAAGGCAUGGCAACAAUUAUUUACUGGCUCAUCAGCAUCUUCAGCCAGGCCCAAUAGUUCUUCCCUGAGCCAUUUGCAGUUUGAUUUAUCAGUAUCUUCUAACACCAGCAAACCAGUUUUAAGCAGUUCUAUGGAUACUAACCCAGUCUUUCUUCCAGCCUCUGAUGCCUUGUUCCAUCCUACUCAAGAAGAAGUUGACUUCUUUGAAGACCCAUCUUAUGUUCCUGAUCCAGAGUUCUUACUUGGGCCGGUUUCAGAGUCAUUAGACAAUUUUUCAUCAGACCUUGGAACUGGGUUCUCACCAAAGAGGCUCUCAGAAGGAUCUCAUGGAUUUGAUAAUAGCAUCUCUGCUUCAGAUAUCAAAAGGCCUUCUCCAAUCGAGUCCCCUUUGUCUAAAUUACUAUCCUCAGGUAUAUCUACUGAGAUAAAUCAUGUUCCUGGACAACACAGAGAGACAUUAGAUUUACCCUCACAACAUUCAGCUCAGACAAACAACUUUGAUGAGCAAAGGUCAUGGCAUAUGUGGGAUACACCACUCGGUCAAGAUUCACUUGGGUUAAUCUAUACACCACCCCCAAACUGGCUGUCCCCACAUGCAAGCAAUCCUUUUUCUGAUUCAGUGCCUGUUCAUGAUGAUUUGUGGUCAAGAAAUGCCGUCUUCCAGCCAUUGACAGGUGAUGCAGAUAGCCGUUCUGCUUCCCCUUGCUUCAGGAAAGAGGUUUCUCGGAGUCCAGAUGGACUGAGUUCUGAUACUUUUGUUAGAUCAGGGGGUCCUCCACUUGGUGAUUCUCCAUCCUGUUGGUCCAGGAAUGUGGGGGCGUGUAACGUCGAUUGGGGUGUACCUGGUGGUGCAAGGGAAGGGGUAGGGAAACCCUCAACAAGGCCACAUAUAGGGGGCCUUUUUUCUACCUCGGAUGUACACUCACCUUGGUCAUUUAAUUGAAACAUACAUAUAAGUAGUACAUAUAAAUCAGUGAAAUACACCACCACAACUCCCUCCACUACUGGUAUCGAAGGAACUGGGUCACCAUUGCAUCUGCUUCUUAAUGAGAUAGAUCCAUGGCCAUUGUGCCUUUGAGCACAGGCGGUGGCCCUGCCUUCUGGUUAUUAGUGGAAAGAGUGGAGGUUGGGUCUUUUUCUUUAACCGGCCGGGCUUGUCAAGAAGCUUUUCUGUCAUCUGCGUUUCCAUUUACUUGCAUAUUUUUAUUUACUUGUGAGAAGUUUAACAGAGUUAGGCAAUUGUACACACGAAGGCCUUCUAAAACUCAAUAGUGCAGGCUACAGUAUAUUCAACAAAGGUUUUUGUUGGACCACUAGUUUCCGGAAGAAUACCAGUAGGUGGGAUUUCUCUUCCCCAAAAGGAAACAUAAGAAAACAUAUCUGACUAACAUGACGCCGUUGUUUUUCUGUUCAUGACUUCACUAAACUGUUAUUUAUCUUCUUUAGUUCACAGGCAAAACCAUGGUUGAGGGCUUGGUGAGAUCUUUAUGUAUAUCCUAACAAAUCAUUGAGUUUGUUGACAUAGAUGUUUGAGAAACUGCAUCUUUAA